AUGAGUGCACAAGCCACGCGACUCGAGAGUCUCUUCCUGCUUGUACGAGAUGGAAGCAGCGCACAGGUCCGUGAAAACGCGGCCGAGAAAUUGGGCGAAGUGGCCGCGCGCUCUCCCGAGAUCUGCGCAUCUAUUUUGCAAAAGCUAAGGCCGCUGAUUGUCGACGAUGAGUGGGAAAUCCGCGUGGCGGCUUCCAAGUGCCUCAACGUCGUGGCUCGUUCCUUGCGGACUGAGGACGAGAACGUCGCGACUGUUUUUGCGCUUGUCUCCCUUGGAAGUCGUGAAGCUUUGCUGGUAGCGCUUGAUUUGCAGACGGUGGACGUUUACAAGGUCGUGAAAGAAGGGGCACCACUUUUGCGAAGUGGGGGAGAGGAGUACCAAUACACGACGAAUAUGACGGAAGAAGUGCGACGAGUACAAGCAAUAAAGCAACGCCGUCUGCUGUUACGACGUCUAAGUGGAAUAGGCGAACCAAUUUGGAAUUCGCGCGAGGGUUCGCUGACAAAACAGCUGCUUCCUCGACUAAAUCAAGCCUAUACCCACGAAAUUGCAGAUGAUAUAGAAAAGAGUGAAGCACAGUCUGCAGUUGGUAGUGAGCACAACGUACCUGCCGUCCAAGAAAAUAAAGCGAGUGAGAUCAUGUUGGCUUUUCGAAGCUCUAAGCGCUCCUCAGAAAGUGAUGAUUUGCGUCACAACAAAAAGCGGAUCUUAGGUGAAACUGACGGUAAAGCUGCAAGACUGGGUACAGAAUCUACCGACAAAAAACAGUUGAGCAGCCUGCUUCAGGAAGCAGAGAUGCAGACGAAGACGACAAUUGUAGCGUGUUUGGUCUCUGAUCUGUUCGAAAGCAUGUUCGAUUCGAAAUGGGAAGUUCGUCAUGGUGCACUCUUGUCAUUGCGGCAGAUUUUCAUUUCGACUCAUUUCACUGCCGCCAUUGAAGCAGCUCGGCAAGCACAAGUCAGCACCGGCACACGGGAAAGUGUACUUGACAAGUGGCUGGAAGAGUGCUUAGUUCGGUGCAUUUGCGUAUUAGCGCUGGACCGGUUUGUGGACUAUUCGGCCGACGGAUCCAUCUCUCCUGUUCGUGAAGUUUGUGCACAAGUUUUUGGACUUUUACUCGGCAGUGUGUCUGGCAAAAGCAUGCUUGUUCGAUACCUGCAAGUAGUGCGAACGUUAUUCAGUGGUUUGACGUGGCAUGCUUGUCAUGGUGCUUUGUUGGGGUUGAAGUAUCUUGUCCGAGCUCAUUGCAAUCAUGGUCUAGUGCUGGUUCCUUUGUUUUUCAACGAUAUCGUGACGGUUUUUUCUCAAGCUGAAACAGAGGAAGAUGUGUCGAUUCUAGCUGCAGACAUGAUCAGGGAUUUUGUCUUUUACUUGGAUCAGGUCGAGCCGGCAGCCAUCACAAAGACUGCUACGCUGUUGUGGAAAUCCAUGGAGCUUCACGAGAAAGUCGGUUUAAUUGGUAUCAGCGUAGUUCAAGCAUUAAGCGCGUGGUAUAAUCAUUCCCCAGUGGCAUGGCUCUUGCAGCGUGACAAAGGAGUCAAUGAAGCUCUUUGGCAAAAUCUAUCGUAUACAAUUCCAAUGCUGCAUCACCCCUUACAGUCCGUUCGGGUAUCCAGUGCAACGUGCGCAGCGGCUAUUCUGUCAUGUGGGUCUACUUCCAUGAACCCAAACGUAGUCUGCUUUGGUCGAGCCUUUUUGCCGCAUUUGCUACUUCAAGUGCGUUUGGAGAAACAUGAGCCUGUUCAACGAAGCCUGCUUUCUACGUGGAAACGAGUAGUAAGCACGUUGUCGAAUGGUGCGCUGCUUGUGGACGUCGUGGCUGAAUAUCUUCCGAUUUGGGCCAAGCUAUUAUGGUCCACAGAUGAAAUGCAUUGUCUCGACGCUAAAGUGAUUAAAUCGGAUGGAAUGAUGAUCGAUGCUAAUGUAAGCGAUUCGAUAGAGCAAGCCGUCUGGGAGAGCAUGACCUCCUGUGUGGCAUUUGCUAAGGCAAUCGGUUUGGUUGCUGCUCAUAUGCCUUAUGAUAACUCGUGCACAACUGAGCUAAUCCAGCUAUUCCACGAUGGUGUACGCAGUAGAUCUGGUAAUCUGCAGUGCAGUGUUCUUCUUGCCUUAUCAAACUGGGGCAUCUACGAGAAGAAAAUGAGUCGCAAAAACUUGGGAGAACACUCACGACGUUUGCAGUGGUUGCAGUCCGCGGUUGGAACGCUGAUUGAAUCGUUUGUGAAAUGUCAAUGGAAAACACUUCAGUUAGAUACACAAAAUGAGGCGGAAUCAGCCAUAUACAGUGAACAGCGUGGAUCCCUGAAGCGAGUCAUGCAGAUGGAAGCUCGAAUUGUUGAUCUAUUUUCGUCUGUGGGCAUUGCGCUUAAGCCUUCGAAAAUAUCGGGCUUGUCAUCGACAGCAGACAUUUCGCGCCAGAUCGCCGAGCAUGUUGCUCUUUUUCCCUACGACAAGUUGCGCAACCACCCAAAAGAAUACGAACAAGCCCAUUUCAAGCGACAGGAUCUUUUUCUGGUGGAUGAACGUGUGCAGCACAGUUUUUCUCGGUUGUAUCACCGUGUACAAGGCCUUGGCAGUACCGCUUACUACGCGAUACUGCCGACACCUAAAAAGUGCGGCUUCCUCGUCUCAGCACUGAUGACCUCGAUCAAAAAUGAAGACGAACCAGCCAUCCGCUCUAUUUUGUCACGAACGAUAGCAGAUUUUGUGGUGAACAAUGCAACAACUCAAAAAAAGUGUGUCUCAAAGAUAGUCGUUAACUUAUGCAACAACGCUGUGGCGUUGGUAGGCGUAUCGGACGUGUGUCCGGAUGGCGUAUUUACCUACACUGGUUGUGAGGAUAGCCGCAGUCCGUCGAUUGCUCCUGAAAUUCUCAAACAGACGAAGGCUCGGGUUGUUGGAGCUAAUAGUGCGCUGCGUGAAAUUUGCAAGUGUGGUGGCGCUUCUCUUUUCGAAGCGUGUCAUGCCCUGGAGGAUGCCAUUUCCAAGGCUUGGACUCAUCUACCUCUUGAUGAGCUUACUAUUCAACGGUGUAUGCGCUUGAUCGGUAUAGUGGUGCCUCACCUUGAAGGGAACGCGAUGGCUACAUGCUUGGCGUGGAUUGGGCAUCUUGCACAAUUAACGCAGCAGCAGUAUGAAGAUAAGCUGACACGGCGUGUUGUGGCUCAGGCUGUUGCUACAAUCAGCAAGUAUGCGGAAAAGCGUCAUCGUACAGACGCGAUGCUGUCUGUAUACAGCUCUAUUUUCGUGGUCUUUUCUAACACAGGCAAUGCCAACGCCCGAAGAAAAGAAGCAUUGGAAGGCGCAGUUAUGGUACUCAGCUGCAUCGUUCAAGCCCUUGGAGCAGAUUUGGCGCCGUACGUACCAAGCCUCGUUCAUUUUGCGAUGAAGACCAUGAGUUCACAGUUUGAACACGUUCGCUCGUGCGCUGCCGGGGCAUUUGCCGAUUUGGUUCCGUUGAUUCCUCUUCAAAUGGACCUUGAGCUUCGGGAGUCUGAGCAGCUACUUCCCGACUCGCUGAGAACGAUCGUAAAGCAAAAUGCCGUUUCACGUACCUUUCUGGACAGUUUUGCAGAGGGUAAGGCAAUUGAGCAGACCAAUGUUAAACCUUUGCUAGCUUGCGAUACGUCAUUGCGCUUGUACCAGCAACAUGGCGUCGAUUGGCUUUGCUUCAUGAUAAAGAACAAUCUUCAUGGGAUUCUCGCUGAUGAUAUGGGUCUCGGUAAGACGUUGCAAACACUGUCAGCCAUGGCUGCUACGUCAGUGUCCUCAGCCACAAAUGGAGGCGAGGUUACCGUGAUGCCUUACCUUAUUGUUUGUCCUCCGAUCGUCACUCAUCACUGGAUACAAGAAGUCAACAAACAUGUCCCGGAGUUCUUCGCAUCCAUCAUCGACUACUCAGUCUCUGCGAGCGAACGAAAGUCUUUGCUCCGAAGUGAUGGGAGGUCAUUGUCGGACCGCUGUCCGACAUUGAUCGUAACAACGUACUCUAUAUUGCGCGCAGAUAUCCAGCUCCUGGGAAGUAUUGAUUACGCUUUCGUGGUAUUGGACGAAGCGCAUUUGAUUCGAAAUCCAUCCACAGCUCUGUUUCAAGCAGUGCGUAAGCUUCAGGCGUCGCAUCGUGUUGCCUUGAGCGGAACGCCAUUGCAGAAUAACGUCACCGAUUUGUGGGCUCUCUUUGAGUUUUUGAUGCCCGGGUACUUGGGCGACUUUGCUGCGUUUCGCCGCGAGUUUGUCCUCCCUAUCACAAAGUCAGCACAACGAAACGCAACGACAAAGCAAAAGGAAAUGGCAGCCGUAGCUAUUGCGCGGUUACAUCAGAAGGUGUUACCGUUUAUUUUACGACGGACGAAGGACGAGGUGCUGAAAGAGCUUCCUCCGAAGAUCAUAUCGAAUGUCCUUUUACCCCUGUCACCAUUGCAACAGCGCCUGUAUUCGCUGACAUCGUCGACAGAAAGUGAGAGCAUGAUUUCAGCGAGAUGUUCUCGAUCUACUAAGCCUAGAGCUGAAAAGAUGGAGACAAAGAUUAACGUGUUGGCGAAUUUACAGCUACUGCGCAAAAUAUGUGUCCACCCAGCGCUUGUUGCAAACGACAAAGUUGCUAGGUCUCUUAACGCAACAGAGAAGGAAACUCUUUGGGACUGGAAGUGCUCAGGGAAAAUGAUGGGGUUGCGCGACCUUUUGGUCGAGUGCUGCGAUGUCGCGCCGUGGGAUCAAGGACUUUCACAGAGCGGUACUUCUGACACCCGCAAUCUGGAAGCCAGCGAGGUUUCCCCUCAUCGGUGUCUUGUGUUUGCUCAUUUGCAGCAGACACUGGACUUCACUGAGCAAAUGCUGCAAGAUGCAUUGCCUACAGUCACGUACCGUCGUCUCGAUGGACGAACGCCACCUGCAAAGCGUGCCGAUAUCGUACAGUGCUUCAACUCUGAUCCAUCAAUUGACAUAUUGCUAUUGACCACGUCGGUAGGUGGAUUAGGACUAACACUUACCGGCGCCGACACGGUUAUUUUCAUCGAGCACUCAUGGAACCCCUUUGUUGAUUUGCAAGCCAUGGAUCGUGCCCAUCGCAUCGGUCAAAAGCGGUCCGUUCGUGUUUUUCGAUUGAUUAUGGAGGGAUCUCUCGAAGAGCACAUCGUCAAUCUCCAAGAGUUUAAAGAACAAGUUGCAGCUACGGUAGUGCAGACGAGUGAUGCUCGCAGUAGCAUGAACACGAGCACGAAAGGUGUUCUGAAUUUAUUGCGAGCUUCAUCGUCGGCGAUGGUUGCUAAAGAGCUUCGUAGGUCAGUUUCAACGAGGAAAUCUGGAGAAAUUGAUCGCGCAGCUGCUGCUCUUCCACAAGGCGCCAAAGAACUUAUUGACCAGAUUGGUGAGCUAUGGGAUGAGUCACAGUACGAAUCUUUAGCUUUUCCUGAUGUGAUAUGUGAGUAA